GGAUUUGCGGGUAUAAGUUCAUCUUCUUGGCUGCAUGAAAAUCAGUUCGGUUUUCUCCAGCGUUUUAAAUACACUAAAAAUGCAUUUCACUCCAGCUGUAAUCUGCCUUGCACUGCUCCUGAUCAGUCCUUUGUGCUUGGGUUAUACUAAUGAACAACGUCAAGCCGAUGGCCGUAGAGUUGCUGAAAUUAUGCGAAACGCCAAGGAUAACAAUGCCAAAAUCAACAGCAUCCAGGAACUCCUUGAUAUUUACAAACGACUUUCUCCCAGUUUGUCUCCUGAAGAAAGGCAACGUAUCGACCAGCUUGUCGAUAAGCACACGGAUGAAAUUCUAGUCGAUGGAAUUCCUGCUCAGGGCGGUCGGAAGUCCAAGAUUGCUAAGAAGGUUUUGGCUCCAUCUGGGCAGGCCUUGGCCACUGGAUUCUUUGAAGAGCUUGGUGCCAAAAUUGCAAAAUUCUUCACUGGUUAACCGCACUUUUGUGUUAUUUCUAUGUAAACAAAAUUAAUUAUUUAAAUAAAUUUAUUAUUAUAAACUUUUGAAUCCAUGUAACAAAAUCAAGAUAAUUUUUUGACUUCAAAGACAUUCUAAUUUCCCAAAUCGAUGCACUAAAGACAUUUGAUUCAGCUUUAA